CGCGGCCGAAAUAGUCGGCGUGCAGUAGCCGCGGGUGUCGACGCUGUGGUGUGGCGGGGCGUGGCAGGACGGCGGGGGCGGCGCGGAGGCUCAGUGGGUCGUCGGCCAGGCGCGAGGUGCAGCACGCUGGCCUGGUGGUGAUCGCGCCGGACACAUCAUGGCAGCGGACGCGGACGUGGCGUCGAUGGGCCUGGCGCUGCAGCACUUCUCAUGGCCCGACUACCUGGUGUUCGUGGCCAUGCUGGCCCUCUGCGCGGUCAUCGGCGUCUACUUCGGCUACCUGGCGCCCGGCCAGCGCGACGAGGACGAGUACCUGAUGGGCGGGCGCCAGAUGAAGACCCUGCCCAUCUCCCUCUCGCUCGUGGCCAGCUACAUCUCCGGCAUCACGCUGAUCGGCAUGCCCACCGAGGUGUACAUCUACGGCAUCCAGUUCCUCUACGGGAUCAUCGGCAUGGCGCUCUGCCUCACGUUCUUCGCCUGGGCCAUCCUGCCCGUCUUCCACGAGCUGCAGGUCAUGACGCUGUACCAGUACCUGCAGAUGAGGUUCGACCGUCGCGUGCGCCUGGCCGGCUCCGUGCUCUUCACCAUCUCCCUGGUACGAUCACCUGGCUUCCAGUCGUCAUCUACGUUCCCGCCCUGUCAUUUAAUCAAGUGACCGGCACCAACAUCCACUUCGUGACGCCGGCAGUGUGCACCGUCUGUGUCUUCUACACGUGUGUGGGUGGCAUGAAGGCGGUCGUGUGGACGGACGUGGUGCAGACCGUGUCUAUGAUGUCAUGCAUCCUCCUGGUGGCCAUCAAGGGCACCAUGGAUGUUGGAGGCUUCGGGGUGGUGAUGGAGCACGGCCUGCAGUCGGGCCGCAUCGAGCAGCCGGUAAUGCAGGCUGAUCCGUUCCUGCGACACACUGCCUGGGCGUGUGCCAUGGGGUCGUUCUUCCACGGGCUGGUGAGCUGUGGCAUGAGCCAGUCCAUGACGCAGCGCUACCUCGCGCUGCCCACCCUCGCCAAGGCCAGGAGGUCUGUGUUCUACUUCCUGGUGGGAUGCUGGAUGCUGAUGAUCGUGUGCUGCUACUGCGGCCUGCUCAUCCACGCCACGUACCACGACUGCGACCCGGUCACCACGAAGCUAGCGCGUGCCAAGGACCAGGUGUUGCCGCUCCUCGUCAUGGACACCUUGGGGACGUACCCGGGCCUGCCGGGGCUCUUCGUGGCCGGGGUGUUCAGCGCCGCACUCAGCUCGCUCUCGACGGGGCUCAACUCGAUGGCCGCAGUCGUGGUCGAGGACUUCUGGCGCCCCUUGGCCUCGGGGCCGCUGAGCGAGGCGGCCGUGCACAUCGUGAUGCGCGUCGUGGUCGUUGUGUUCGGCGCGCUGUGCGUCGGCCUCGUGUUCGUCGUGGAGCACCUCGGCGCCGUGCUGCAGCUCAGCGCCAGCCUCAACUCCAUCAGCUCCGGCCCCGUACUCGCCGUCUUCGUGGCCGGCGUCUUCCUGCCCUGGGUCAACGCCACGGGCUGCCUGGCGGGCGCGGCAGCGGGCCUGUCUUUCAUGGCGUGGAUGGUGCUCGGCGCCCAGCACGCCAUCGCCCACGGCCGGCUCUCCUUCCCCGAGCUGCCCCGGUCCGUGGACAACUGCAGCUACGCGUUCAACGCCACGGCCGCGAGCGUCCUGCCGCUCGCCGACCUCGAGCCGCCGAUGGGUCUGUUCCGGGUCUCUUACCAGCUGUACCCGUUCCUGGGGAUGUUCGUGUCGCUGGUCGUCUCGCUGCCCGUCUCUCUGCUCUGCAGGCCGUCGUCGCCGCCCGCCCAGGACCCGCGUCUCUUCUCGCCGCUGGUGCGUGGCCUCGUGAAGCCCGCCGCCGCCGCCCCCGAGAAGAUGUACAACGGUAACAACUGCGGCAAGACACUGAAGGAGUCUUCCUUAUGACACCGCUGGCAGCUAGUUUCCGCUUCCUCAGUUCCCAAUGAAAAACCAAAUAAAAACAGAAAAAAAGAAAA